UAGGGGUACAAGUACCUGUUUUUAUGGGGUCAUGUCCCAUUUUCUAAGGUAUUUGGCGACUCCAGGUAUAUGCUUAUCACAAGUGAUGCAGGACUCCGUCCAAUAAGACCCUCUGAAUAGAAAGAAGACACCUCGGGCCCCGGUCACAUGGAGACCAGGCAUCCAUCCUACCGGUGGACCUGAACAGGUCGCUGGAGCGAGCGGAGUUUUUACCCAUACACGACGUGUCUGGGACUGGCAGUCCGGACUGGCAGUCCCAGACUGGUCGCGUUUGGGUUAGGAUUGGACCUGGGAAGAUCAAGACGGAGGAGGCCCUGGCAUCACCAUUGAAGGUUGUCUCGAUGAAGGCUGGGUUCGCGUGAGAUGGGAUCGAGUCUGGAGAACGUACAACUACCGAGUUGGAGCAGAAGGCAGUUACGACCUCGUCUACAACUCCUUCGUGGCAGCACCAGGUGAAAUCUUGACAUCCGCAGAAGUGGGAAUUCGCGUGAGGAGAGGUCCAGAUUGGAAAUGGCACAACCAGGACGGCGGCGGAGCGGGCAUCACCAUCGACGGAGUUGAACGAGAUGGAUGGGUCCGUGUUUGCUGGGACACUGGCAUGGAACAGCGCUACCGGGUUGGUGCACAAGGAAGUUACGAUCUCAUCAUCGACUUCUCCUACCCUCCAGCGCACGGUCAAGUCUUGCGCAUCCCGGAGCCGGGGAUCCGAGUGAGGCGAGGUCCAGAUUGGAAGUGGCAGAAUCAAGACGGUGGAGGUUUGGGCACCACCCAGCCAUGCUCGAUGGCCGGCUGGGUUUGCGUUUGGUGGGACCAUGAGCCUGUUUGCCAUCACAUGUAUCGCGUGGGUGCUGAGGGCAAGUAUGACUUGACCGUGGCGGAACCCAGAAGCACGGAUUACAUGGUCGGUCGCCGCGUGAGGUUCAUUCAGGGCAGCGAACACGUGGACUUCUCCGGAUGUCCGGGCAGCGCCUUGUCCUUCGGCGCCGGCUGGACGCAGUACAUCCACCGAAUCGAAGGAGAGUGGUUUACCACCCAACAGUUCGCCACGCUCUGGGCGCCACUGAGUGCCGUUCAGCUGACAGAGUCCGAGGACAGCAACUAUGUCGGCUACAGCGAGGAGGAAAUGGAGGAAGGCGUCACAUCCUUCAUGGACUCAGAGGGCGACUCCAUCGAGUGUGCGAACCACCCAGGUAUUGGUCAUGAUGAGGAAUGGCUCGAUGUAGAGGAAGCCAGCAGCAUGCAAUGCCCGAUCUGCCUAUAUGUGGCACGUGAUGCUCUUGCACAUGAUUGUGGGCAUCUCUUUUGCGAGAGCUGUUGGGAUCGAUGGAUCACCGACCAUCGCAAUUGUCCCGUCUGUCGCGAGGACGGACAUAGCAUCGUGCGGGCGCCUCGCGAUCAACGCAAGAUCUUGAAUCUCAAGAUCCGAUGUCCCCUGGACUGCGGAGAGACCAUUCGCUUGGGGGACAAGGAAGCGCAUGUGACCUUCUGUGCCACUUACCGGCGAUGUAGUGCAUGUGGUGAGGAGAUGCUUGCUGAGAUGCUCACAAUUCACGAGAAGGAGAUGUGCAGAUGUCGUCCUAUCCCUUGCGAGCUGUGCAGCGAGAUGGUGAGGAUGGAUCAGAUGGAAGCUCAUAUGGCCGGCAACGUGGGAAUUCACAUGUUGGCCCUGCACAAGGAAAACCAGGCCUUGAAGAAGGAGAACCAAACCAUAAAGAAGGAGAGCAGAUCCUUGAAGAAGGAGGGCCAAUUCUUAAAAGCUCGGGUGGAAGAGCUGGAGCGACAAGUCGUCGCCCGCGACGAGUCGGAUGCCUGAAGCCGAGCAGCUAAGCGGCCCUAGCUGGCGGGGUGAAGCGUACCGCAGCUCCGGAGCUGGCCGCUUUCGAACCGUUCAUCCACAAGUGAUGAGUCAAGACGGAAGUUCCCUGGACAGAUCUGGACGUGACGGUUUGGCAGCUGGGCAAAGCUACCCGCAGAACAUCACCGGUCAGACCGUUCAGAAAAGAUCCGAACAGAAGGGGAUCACUCCCGGAGCUGCAGAGGUGUUGUCGGGUGGGACUUGAAGAGUCGAAGCUAAGACGGGGGGGGCUUCGGGAAGACGUCCUGGUUCAUGCCGAGAAUCUGAUCUCAGAAUGAAGCGAGUGCCAUCCUAAAACUAUGGGAAAGAUCAACAAAAUCUAUUGGUUUCGGUGGGAUUUGAAGGUAUAUAUAUAUUUAUAGACUUGUGUAUACAAUGUAUAUAUAUAUAGAGAACAAAUACCAGCCAGACGCAUUCGAGUUUUGACCAUGAGUUGGACCACCUCCAGCGAUCACUAAGGGGUUUCCUGACUGUCAUCCCUUAGUCCCCCAUCGAGUUCGGAUUUUCAUGAUUUUGGGUAGGACGACAUGUCAGUUUGCCCGUACUGGCUUCUCCACUUCUACAGUAGAACCUCUGUUUGAACGUUUUGCCCAAAAGAUGAGGGACUCCUCCAAAUCCAUCGCUCUGCAAGCACUCUGCACUUGAGCGCACUCUCGAUGUCUCGUCGUUUUCAGGGUUUUGCGGAUCAGGUGAUGAUGGUUGAUUUUCCAAUAUGUUCCAUUAUAGUAAAACCCCCUUCUGGUGAAUAUAUGUUGGUUCCCCCUUCCUGGACGAUGUCUCGUCGCAUGGGUUUGCUUGCGGCGCUGGUGGAUCGCUGAGGUCAGCUUAAGGCGGACCUUCAUCGGCACACUGAGCUGGCAGGAAAUGCACCCUUGGCGCAUGCAACAGGCUACGUGAUCGGGCGCCCCGAAAGUCACCAAGGAUCGCCAAGUGGAAAAGAUCCAGAUGCCCGAGAUACUGCAGGU